AUGGACGCGUGGAAAUGGAGCAGUCUCCGCCAGGUGCAACCCAACUCCGUGCACCCGUCCCCCCACCGAUACGCCUGCCCCAACUUCGACCAAUACCCCAACAAUCGAAUCUCGACUACGAAAUACACCGUGUACACGUUCUUGAUCAAAAACCUCUGGGAGCAGUUCCACCGAUGGGCCAACUGGUUCUUCAUUGUUAUCAUUUUCCUGAACGCCUUCAAAAUAUUUGCCGCCUUCAACCGAUUCCUCGGCAUCAUUCCGGUGGCCUGUAUUCUCGUCGCUACCGCGAUAAAGGACAUUUUCGAAGAUCUGCGCCGCUACCGCCUUGACAAGAAGAUCAACGAGUCGACGUGUUUGGUCUGGGAUCAUGUGCAUCUACAGUUUCGCCGGAUGCAGUGGCAGCACAUUCUCGUCGGCGACUACGUGCACAUUUCGAAUAUGGAACCGUUCCCGGCCGAUAUUUUGCUGCUACGGUCUUCUGAAGCUACGGGAACUUGCUUCAUCGAAACUUCAAAUUUGGACGGGGAGACGUCGCUGAAGCAGAAGAACGUCCCGAAGAGUAUCGUGCAUUUGUCUGAGGACCCGAACGCCAAUUUUGACGAGAUCGCGCCCAAGCUGCCAGUGGAACAUCGUUGUAUGCACCCCUCCAAGAGCCUCCAGGAGAUGUACGGCUUCGUCGAGUCGGCCAAGGGCGACAAGGACAAUUUUACCAAAGAACACAUGCUGUGGCGAGGGUGUCGACUCCGGAAUACAACAUUUGUUGAGGGGAUCGUACUGUAUGCUGGUGGCGACACCAAGGUGAUGUUGAACAACGGGCGACCCAAGGCAAAACGCUCCCAAAUCGAGCUCCUCACAAACAAGUUCAUCCUCUUCUGCUUCCUGAUCUUGAUCGCCAUGUGCAUGGUCGGUUCGAUGGGAGCAGCCAUUAAUGCAGCAAAUGUCGACCACCAGAAUGUCACCUCGCCAUUUCAGGUGAUCCAGGACAAAAAGUGGUGGCUGGAUGGGUUGACCAGCAUCGGCACUUUCAUCAUCAACUAUCAGGUGAUGGUCCCCCUCUCACUCUACAUCACCGUCGAGCUGAUCAAGCUCGGGCUCGUAUUUCUGAUGCAACAAGAUGUGCAUUUGUAUUAUGAUGGAAAGCACCGCGCCCCGUCCUCCGGUCUCCACCCCACCGACGAGCUGCGACUGCGCGUCUUGUCGACAUGGCGAAUGGAUGAGCAUAUGCGGCAUUUCUUCACCAAUCUCGCCUUGUGCAACACCGUGGUUGUCAACAGACAGCAUAAGGAUAUGUUGGACGUUGGCCGAUACGAGGAUGGCGUCUACACCAUCGACAACUCGGCAUUCUAUACCGUGACCGAGGCCGAGUUCCAGGAGAAGCAGGAGAAAUUCAGGAUUCAUAAGGAGCGCGCGAUCCGGUUUCAUGAUGAGAGCGUACGAGCAAAAGCCGAAGCCGCGGCGGCCAGGACCGCGACUUCCGACUCCACACUGGAUGCCAUUACCUCAGGAGACGAGGAGGACGAGGUGGAUUCUGACGAGGAGAAGCCGGGCCAACGUCUCUCCAGGGUCUCCACCUUCUCCCACCGCAUCUCCACCGGCAUCAAGAACUUCUUGCCACGCAUCAGCAGCAUAAUCUCCACCCCGGGCUCGUCAAUCCGGAAGCGCAAGCACAAAAGGAAGGAGCCCAAGAAUAAGAAGAAAGAGAGCCGCUACGAAGCGGAAAGUCCAGAUGAGUUGGCGCUUGUUGAGGGCGCCGCUCAGUAUGGUUUUGUGCUUGAGGAGCGGGGAGCAACGCACGUGACGUUGCAGCUGCCGGACUCGAAGAAGCAGAGAGUUGAAGUACUCCGCAUCCUUCCCUUUGACGCCGACCGGAAACGCAUGUCAAUCAUCGUCAAAGGCCAAGCGGGACCGAUCCUGUAUACCAAGGGGGCCGAUACUGCAAUUCUGAGUAGACUAGCCAAGGAGCCGGAAGCGGACGCGGAAUCGGAUACAGAAAGUAUCGCCACCUCGGCCAUCGCCUCCUCCAGGAUCUCGGUGGAACGAGCCGGCGUCCUUCUUGGCCACUACGCCGGAAAGGGAUUACGUACCCUGGCGUACGGGAUGAAAAAGAUGACGUGGGAAGAGUAUCACCACUUUGCCGAGCAGUACGAGUUUCUCGAAACCCUGAACGCCGACGAUCGCGACAAGUUGAUGGCCGAGAAGGCCGACGAGCUCGAGUCAAACCUACAAUUUUUGGGGGUGACCGGUGUGGAGGACAAACUACAGGAGGGAGUCUCCGACACGAUCACCUCUCUUCGAGAGGCCGGCCUGCAGGUGUGGCUGCUGACCGGAGACAAGCUGGAGACCGCCGAAAACAUUGCUCGAGCGUGCGGCUUAUUCGAUUCACGAUACCCGGAAGUGUCUGUAUCUACACAGGAGGGAUUGGCCGAGAUUGUUGGAUUGGGCAGAUGCAACAUCAAGCUCGCCCCGGAAGCACUGAAAAUGCUAAAAGAUGGUGAUGAAAAGCUGCUGGAUAUCGUGAAGAGGAGUGCUUCUGUGCUUUGCUACCGAAUGACGCCGGCCGAGAAAAGCGAGGUGGUCGGAUGUGUGAAGCGGAAAUUCAAGGGGAGGGUGCUGGCGAUAGGCGACGGCGCCAACGACGUCCCGAUGAUUCAGGCGGCCCACGUCGGCGUUGGGGUCAGCGGAAACGAGGGAAUGCAGGCGGUGAUGGCGUCAGACUUUGCGAUCGCGCGCUUCCGCUUCCUCGAACGCUUGCUGCUGAUCCACGGCCACUGGAACUACGACCGAAUCGCGAAUACUUACCUUUAUUUUCUAUACAAAAACGCUCUGCUCGUGUUCAUCAUCUUCUUCUGCCAAUUCUACUCGCUUUUCUCCGGCGAGAGCCCUAUGGACCCAAUAUAUUCAAUGUUGUACUCAAUUAUAUUCACUAGCGUUCAACCGAUCAUCUACGGCAUCUACGACCAGUGCAACGAGGGAAAAUCUCUUAUUGAGCGGCCUUCUUCCUACAGAAAAACGAUGGAAGGACGCUGCUACUCGUGGAAACUCUUCUUCUUCAACAUUGGCGAUGCUUUAUACCAGGGCGCCGUUUGCUACUACAUUGCGCAUAACUGGGCCUACGGCGCGAACGUCGGCCUCUGGGAGUUCGGCUUCAUCCUGGCCACCUCCAUGUUUUUGUGCAACACGUUCCACUUGGCGUUAGAAGUGCGAUGUUGGACCUGGCCGAUUUGGUCGAUUUUCCUCUUCUUCACGGUCCUCCAUUUCGGCUUCUUCCUUGCCUACCAUGCGCUAUGCGGCCCGUGGAGUGGGCUUUAUGGGCCGCCGAUUCUCGUCUCGUUCCGCUCGAUGACGCAAGCCAGCUUCUACAUUGUCGAAUUGCUGACGGUCGUCACUGCUCUAAUACCCAGACUCAUCUACCGCGUCUACCUCAGCAAAAGAGAGGGCAAACUCGGCAGCGAGCUCACGUUUUGCGGAAUUAGCGUA